GAUCACCAACUUAUGGCGCAUCAAAGUCGCCCUGGUCGGCCCGCAGACAAGCUUGCAAACGUUGUCGCAUUGGUGCAGGGACUUCCCGCCGACCGAGGCGCAGAACGUGUCGCGGCAAACGAUCGCUGCGACUCGGGAUACUUUCGCGGAGCUUGUGAAGAAGGUGGGCUUCGACUCCCUGGCAGCGCGAGCUGCAGAGAUCGAUUCGGGUCCGGUCGGCGAGCGCUUGGUGGCGCUCGUUCACGUGCAGGACGAAGCGGCGAUGAAGGUCAAAUCAUUUAUUCCUUCUUCGCCCAAUCUCAGCCUCGGCAGGUAUUCCAAGAUCAAUAACCACGUGCUGCGUGCAAGUUUCCCCAGGAAAGCUGACGCUCUGGUUCGAGACGCGCUGCCUGUUUUCUCCGAGCUGCACGCUUUGGCGCAGAAGAACGCCGCCACGAUCGCUGAGUCGAUCAUUCGGGCGGCGGGCGCAGCCAUAGACGCGAUGUUGCGCGGCCGCCCAGGUGUCGUCCUGAAGAUUGUCCACAUCAUCGUCGGGGACGCAGUGCCCACCAACGAGGCCGCGUGCAAAAGAGUGCUGCACCAUUUUCGGCAG